GCAACCCGUUCAUAUGAAGGCGUAGGUUGGUAAUGGAUACGAGGUACCUAAUUUCGAAUUUCACGUAGGAAUCAGAUAUUUAAUAAAAUGAAUAAGUCGUGUCGUGCGAGUGUGUCAGUAAUUUUUAAGUCGGAAGAUAACAUUCUACAAAAACGUGCCAAACAAUGUGAAAGGAUUUUGAUAAACAGUGGAAAUAACAUGGAAGAAGUAAAAAGAAUCCAACAGAUGACAGUUGGCAAGAUAAACGAAUUACAAGCAGCCAAGGAAAAGUUAUCUAAAGAAUGUGACAAAGUAGAAGUGGAUAUUCAUACAUUGAAAUAUAGGGAACUUGCAAACAAAGAAGAGACAUGUGCCUUGGAAUCAACAAUCUUAGAGUUGAAAAAGAAGAUUGCUGAAGAGUCAGAAUGCGAACAACACCUGAUUGUCAAGAAAAUCCAAGCAGAAAGAGAUAAAGAGAAGUCUCAAAAGGAACUGAUAAAAACGCAUGAGAUAUUUCUAAAGGCAAUAGCAUAUUACAAGAAGAAACUGCAUCUACGGCUCAGAUUUGACGAGAAUGGUCUAAUCCUUGUCCACUUCUUGGACAUCUCAACACCGGGGUGCCAGAUGUGUUCUCUGAAGCUGAGCCACGAUGACGGCAACAAAUGGAACUUGCUUGGAAUGGAACCUGUUUUACCUUUUGAGAAGCCCCUGGCAAACAAACUGGAGACAACACAGGAUAUACAGGGUUUCAUAUCACAUGUCCGCAAGUUGUAUAUUCAAAUCUCUGGCAGUAAGAAGCAGCAUUCAACAGGCAAGAAAGUCUCCAAGAAGCCCUGAAUACGAAGAUCAUGAUCUCAUGUCCUGCAAGAGACGAACUUUUAAAGCGGAAGAAGAUGAUUGGGUGAUUUAUCUCGUGUUAUGAAUAUUUCUGUGUUCCCUGAAGGCUUUUAUACCUUGUGAAAACAAAAGGUUGUCAUUUGUUUUACAGCAUGCAGUAAAAUCUUCUAUCUUAA